UGGUGAGAAGCACAGCCUGGGUGUGGUGAGUGAGGACCUGGCUCUUGUCUCUGGCUGCUGUGAUACCUCUUUGCUCCCAAGUCAUCUCUGUGUUGUCCCAGCAAAGUCCUAAAGCGCCUCUUUCUGACAGGGCCUGGGAACUUAUUAAUGUUUGCUUUGCUUUUUAGGCAGUCACAAAGUACUGCUAAGGUAAAAGCAGGAGCUAAUUUCAAGCAAACACAGCUGCAUGUUUGCAUUGGUGUGGCAGUCAUUCCUGUGCUUGUGGUCUUUCCUCUUGCUUUGUUUCCUCCAUUAAAACUGCUGGAUGGAACCUUACAGCUGCAUCACCACCAGCUGCUGUGCAGCUUCUGAUGAGACUUCUUCAGAUAUAAUGGGAAGUAAUGGAGCUUUUGCUCUGGCUUCAGAGGUGUUUGCAGUGCCCAGAAGACCCUGUGGUUUCCUUCCUGCUUUCACUCCCCCUCCUUCUGCAGGAAAUGUGUUUUUUGUGGAGACCUCAGAGCAAACUUCCCCAAGUUACCUGUUCUCAUGUUCUGUGGAGUCAGCAGCCAGGACACAUCCUGAAUCAAGAGUCGUGGUGCUCAUGAAAGGCUUGGCCAAAGAGAACGCUUCCCUACCCAAGCACUGGGCUUUCUCCUUGAUGAGAUGCUUCCCCAACGUGGAAAUCCAACCCCUGAACUUGACAGAGCUCUUUUCUGGAACACCUCUGGCACAGUGGUACAUGCAGCCUCAGCGGCAGCAGGAGCCACAUUUUUUAGCAGUCCUGUCUGACGCCUGUAGGAUUGUCCUUAUGUGGAAAUUUGGUGGCAUCUACCUGGAUACAGACUUCAUUGUGCUUAAGAACUUACAGAACCUCACCAAUGCCCUUGGGAUUCAGGAUUAUGAUGUACUGAAUGGGGCCUUUCUGUCCUUUAAGCCCAAGCACAAGUUCAUGGAGCUUUGCAUGCAGGACUUUGUGGAUGACUAUAAUGGCUGGGUCUGGGGACACCAGGGCCCAGAGCUCCUAACUCGUGUCUUCAAGAAGUUGUGCAACAUCCAGACUAUCAAGAGCAUGAGCUGCCAAGGUGUGAGUGCUCUUGCCCCAGAAGUUGUUUAUCCUAUUCCCUGGCAGGACUGGAAGAAGUUUUUUGAGGCAGUCAGUGCAUCAGAGUUUCACCAGCUCCUGAAGAACACCUAUGCAGUGCACAUAUGGAACAAGCUGAGCCAUGGGACCAAGUUAGUGAUCCACUCCCAGGCUCUGCUGGCUCAGCUCUAUUCCCAGUUCUGCCCUGCCACCUAUGCAAAGAUGAAAGAGGACUCUGAAGAGUUGUCAAAGCAGUGACCUGUACAGUGUGACCUGUAGGGUCUUGGCAGCGGGGAUGUUCCCCAGACUGAAGGAAAUAGAGUGCCUUUCACCUUCCCUAGAGCUGGGUUCUAGUCCCAAGAGCAGUUGUUCUGUUUGACAGCUCUGUGGUUUUGUGACCAAUAUCCCUGGUAUCUGCCUCAGAUCCUUUGUGUUUCACAUUUACAGCAGAACCUGAGUUCAGCCUCCCUUGCUGUCCUUCAGGGCCAGGGAAUAGUUGAACUUGUUCAUCAGCAUCUCUCAGCUGAUGAACUCUCUUGGUGUUUUCCAAUGUCUCCUUCUGUGAAUCCCUGGUUGAGCAGCUUCUUUUCACGUUUCAAGAGCUG